AUGACAUCAGCCGCGAACGCGAAGCCCAUCCACACGGCAGCAUGCCUCAUCAUCGGCGAUGAAGUUCUCGGCGGAAAGACCAUCGACACGAACUCGCCGUACCUCGCCAAGUUCUGUUUCUCGCUCGGCAUCGACCUAAAGCGAGUCGAGGUCAUCCCCGAUGACGAAGAGGAUAUAAUAGAAGCCGUACGACGCAUGAGCUCACGCUACGACUUUGUCGUCACCAGCGGCGGCAUCGGACCCACACACGAUGAUAUCACAUACUCCUCAAUUGCCAAGGCCUUCAACCUGAAGCUGGCACUGCACGAGCCGGCCUUCGAGCGCAUGAAACGUCUCUCCAAACCCCACCCCAUGCAACUCAACUUCGACUGGGAAACACCAUCACCAGGCCUGACUGCUAAAUUGCGCAUGGUCGAGCUGCCCUUCGACCCCAAGCUGCCCGCCGAGUCGCAGGCUGUGUUCGUCGCAGAUGACUUGUGGGUGCCGGUCGCGGUGGUGAAUGGCAAUGUGCAUAUCCUGCCUGGCGUGCCGCGACUCUUCGAGCGGUUGCUGCAGAACUUGAAGCCGCUCCUUAUUCCCCGCUUGACGGACCCUGAGGGUAAAGGGACGUUCCGGUUGAUGAUUAGCACGCCGUUGCCGGAGAGUGCGGUGGCGCCGUACUUGACUGAGCUUGCGGCGAAGGUUGAGUCUCGGGGGAUCAAGGUUGGCAGUUAUCCGCGGUGGGGUAAGAAGCGCAAUACUGUUACUUUGGUUGGGGCGGAUAAGGCUUACAUGGAGUCGUUGGUUGGCGAGGUUGAGGAGAAUGUUCAGGGUAAGCUUGUUACCAAGGAGGAUGAGUUGGAUGCUCCGUCCGACCAGGAUCAGGUUUUCAGCCAGUAG